AUUUUCAGCGUUGUUGGCAAUUCUAUGACCGCGAUUCGAUUAGAAAACGUUCUCGCUAUUUUUUCCGCAAAUUUUCAUAAAUUACAAAAAUAUACCCAAUCUUUGACUUUAAAAUUGUGAAGAAAACUAAAAUAUAACAUACAAUAAAUACGAUUUGCGGCCACAGUUAUUUAUAACAAAGGGACAACAAAAUGUCGUUGCCGCCAUACAUGAUACCGCCGAAUGCCUGGGCGGCACAAAUCAUGGCGCAACAGCAGGCUCAGGCAUAUGCAGCCGCCGCUCAAGUACAGCAGGCACAAAUGCAUGCACAUCAAAUGGCUAAUCAAAUACAACAAAUCCCUCCACCGGGAGCACCACUACCAGGGCCGAUAACAAAUGGCAAUGUUGGUAUGCCACCUGGUGGUAUAGGGGGUGGUGGUGGUAUAAGUCAAGCACAGCUCGGUCAAAUACCAACACCCAAACCAGACAUCAUUACUGAAGAAAAACUGCAAGAAAAAGCACAAAAGUGGCAACAACUGCAAUCGAAGCGAUUUGCAGAGAAACGAAAAUUCGGUUUUGUAGAUGCCCAAAAGGAAGACAUGCCGCCAGAGCACAUUCGCAAAAUUAUACGCGAUCACGGUGACAUGACAUCACGGAAGUAUCGCCAUGAUAAGCGAGUUUACUUAGGAGCAUUAAAGUAUAUGCCUCAUGCUGUGUUAAAAUUACUUGAAAACAUGCCAAUGCCCUGGGAGCAGAUACGAGAUGUGCAGGUGUUGUAUCACAUUACAGGUGCCAUCACAUUCGUCAAUGAAAUACCAUGGGUUAUUGAGCCGGUUUAUAUUGCGCAAUGGGGUACCAUGUGGAUUAUGAUGCGUCGCGAAAAACGUGACCGACGCCACUUUAAGCGCAUGCGAUUUCCACCUUUCGAUGAUGAGGAACCGCCACUAGACUAUGCAGACAACGUUUUAGAUGUUGAGCCAUUAGAAGCCAUACAAAUUGAUUUAGACCACGAAGAAGAUGGCGCCGUUUAUAAGUGGUUCUACGAGCAUAGGCCAUUAGUUGGAACACCUUACGUGAAUGGUUCCACAUAUCGUAAAUGGAAUUUGACUUUACCACAAUUGGCUACGUUGUAUCGUUUGGCCAAUCAGUUGCUAACAGAUUUGGUAGACGACAAUUUUUUCUAUCUUUUCGAUCCGAAAAGUUUCUUUACGGCUAAAGCGCUGAAUAUGGCCAUACCAGGUGGUCCGAAAUUUGAGCCUCUCAUUAAGGACCAUAAUGUUGGUGAUGAAGAUUGGAAUGAGUUCAAUGACAUUAAUAAAGUUAUCAUACGCCAGCCAAUUCGAACCGAAUAUCGUAUCGCUUUUCCUUACCUUUACAACAAUAUGCCGCAUUUCGUGCACCUGUCCUGGUAUCACACGCCCAAUGUAGUUUAUAUUAAAACUGAAGAUCCUGAUUUGCCAGCCUUUUACUUUGAUCCACUGAUUAAUCCUAUUUCGCAUCGUCAUGCUCAUACCAAGAUAGCAGAGCCCAUGCCAGACGAUGAUGAGGACUUCUCAUUGCCCGAUGAAGUACAACCCUUCUUGCAGGACACACCGCUUUACACUGAUAACACAGCUAAUGGUAUAGCAUUGCUGUGGGCACCACGGCCUUUCAAUCUACGUUCGGGUCGUUCACGACGCGCCAUAGAUGUGCCACUCGUGAAAAGUUGGUAUAAAGAGCACUGCCCACCUGGUCAUCCCGUUAAAGUGCGUGUGAGUUAUCAGAAGUUAUUGAAAUAUUACGUAUUGAAUGCACUCAAACAUCGCAAACCUAAACCGCAAAAAAAGAGGUAUCUAUUUCGUUCAUUUAAAGCAACGAAAUUUUUCCAAACCACCACUUUAGACUGGGUAGAAGCUGGCUUGCAAGUUUGUCGACAGGGCUACAAUAUGCUGAAUUUAUUGAUACAUCGCAAAAAUCUGAAUUAUCUGCAUUUGGAUUAUAACUUUAAUUUGAAGCCUGUAAAGACAUUGACAACGAAGGAGCGUAAAAAGUCACGUUUCGGCAAUGCAUUCCAUUUGUGCCGUGAAAUUCUGCGUCUAACUAAGCUGAUCAUCGACUCACACGUGCAAUAUCGUCUUAACAACGUGGACGCUUUUCAGCUGGCCGAUGGACUACAGUACAUUUUUGCACAUGUUGGCCAGCUAACUGGCAUGUACCGUUACAAGUACAAGUUAAUGCGACAGAUACGAAUGUGCAAAGACUUGAAGCAUCUCAUCUACUAUCGCUUUAACACCGGUCCGGUGGGCAAAGGUCCAGGAUGUGGUUUCUGGGCACCAGGUUGGCGUGUUUGGUUGUUCUUUAUGCGUGGCAUAACUCCAUUGCUAGAACGCUGGCUGGGCAAUUUGCUGUCUCGUCAAUUUGAGGGUCGUCACUCGAAGGGCGUUGCGAAAACUGUAACCAAACAACGUGUAGAAUCACAUUUCGAUUUGGAGUUGCGUGCUUCGGUCAUGCACGACAUAGUUGAUAUGAUGCCCGAAGGUAUUAAGCAAAACAAGGCGCGCACCAUAUUGCAGCACUUGUCGGAAGCGUGGCGUUGUUGGAAGGCGAAUAUACCAUGGAAAGUGCCUGGAUUGCCGAUACCCAUAGAGAAUAUGAUUCUACGUUAUGUUAAAAUGAAGGCCGACUGGUGGACUAACACAGCCCACUACAAUCGAGAACGUAUACGACGUGGCGCUACGGUGGACAAAACUGUUUGUAAGAAAAAUUUAGGUCGUCUAACACGUCUCUAUCUGAAAGCAGAACAGGAGCGCCAACAUAAUUAUCUAAAAGAUGGUCCGUACAUAUCGCCCGAAGAGGCUGUAGCCAUUUAUACCACAACAGUGCAUUGGUUGGAGUCACGGCGCUUCGGUCCCAUACCUUUCCCACCGCUUUCCUAUAAACACGACACCAAACUGCUGAUAUUGGCAUUGGAGCGUUUGAAGGAAGCUUACAGCGUUAAGUCGCGCUUGAAUCAGAGUCAACGCGAGGAGUUGGGGCUCAUCGAACAAGCAUACGAUAAUCCACAUGAGGCAUUAUCGCGUAUAAAACGUCAUUUGCUAACACAGCGUGCGUUCAAGGAGGUUGGUAUUGAAUUUAUGGACUUGUACAGUCAUUUGAUACCAGUUUACGAUGUUGAACCGCUAGAGAAAAUAACCGAUGCCUAUUUGGAUCAAUAUUUGUGGUAUGAAGCAGACAAGCGGCGCCUAUUUCCGCCAUGGAUCAAACCAAGUGAUACUGAGCCACCGCCAUUGUUGGCGUAUAAGUGGUGUCAAGGCAUCAACAAUCUGCAGGACGUUUGGGAUGUAGGCGAGGGUGAAUGCAAUGUGCUGCUGGAAUCGCGUUUCGAAAAACUAUACGAGAAAAUCGAUUUGACGCUUUUAAAUCGUUUGCUGCGUCUCAUCGUUGAUCAUAAUAUUGCCGAUUACAUGACAGCCAAAAACAACGUCGUCAUCAACUAUAAGGACAUGAAUCACACCAACAGUUAUGGCAUCAUACGCGGUCUCCAGUUCUCUUCGUUCAUAACGCAAUACUACGGAUUGGUUUUGGAUCUAUUGGUGCUUGGCCUGCAUCGUGCCAGCGAGAUGGCCGGACCACCACAAAUGCCAAAUGAUUUUCUGACGUUCCAAGACACUGUCACCGAGACUGCACAUCCAAUACGUUUAUAUUGUCGCUAUGUGGAUCGCAUUCAUUUGUUCUUCCGCUUUUCGGCCGAAGAGGCGCGUGAUUUGAUUCAGCGCUACCUUACCGAACAUCCAGAUCCAAAUAAUGAGAAUAUUGUUGGUUACAAUAACAAAAAGUGCUGGCCCAGAGAUGCGCGCAUGCGUUUGAUGAAGCAUGAUGUUAAUCUGGGUCGCGCUGUUUUCUGGGACAUUAAGAAUCGCUUGCCACGCUCCGUGACGACAAUCAAUUGGGAGAACACUUUUGUUUCGGUAUACUCGAAAGAUAAUCCAAAUCUUUUGUUCAAUAUGUGUGGCUUUGAGUGUCGUAUUCUGCCAAAGUGUCGCACACAAACUGAGGAGUUCACACAUCGAGAUGGUGUUUGGAAUUUGCAAAAUGAGGUGACCAAAGAGCGCACAGCGCAAUGUUUCCUACGUGUUGACGACGAGUCGCUCGGCCGUUUCCAUAAUCGUGUGCGCCAGAUUCUAAUGGCCUCUGGUUCAACGACGUUUACUAAGAUUGUUAAUAAAUGGAAUACUGCACUUAUUGGUCUUAUGACAUAUUUCCGCGAGGCGGUCGUAAAUACACAGGAACUGCUCGAUUUGUUGGUGAAGUGUGAAAACAAAAUACAGACUCGUAUUAAAAUUGGUCUCAACUCGAAAAUGCCUUCUCGUUUUCCGCCAGUGGUCUUUUAUACGCCCAAAGAAUUGGGUGGCUUGGGCAUGUUGAGCAUGGGUCACGUGCUUAUACCGCAAUCAGAUUUGCGUUGGUCCAAGCAAACUGAUGUGGGCAUAACACAUUUUCGCUCAGGUAUGUCACAUGAUGAGGAUCAAUUAAUUCCCAAUUUGUAUCGCUACAUUCAACCAUGGGAGAGUGAAUUUAUUGACUCGCAACGUGUAUGGGCUGAGUAUGCACUAAAACGUCAAGAGGCUAAUGCGCAGAAUCGUCGUCUUACUUUGGAAGAUCUCGAGGAUAGUUGGGAUCGUGGUAUACCACGUAUAAACACACUCUUCCAAAAGGAUCGUCACACACUUGCCUAUGAUAAGGGUUGGCGCAUACGUACAGAAUUUAAACAAUAUCAAGUGUUGAAACAAAAUCCCUUCUGGUGGACGCAUCAACGUCACGAUGGUAAAUUAUGGAACCUCAAUAACUAUCGUACAGAUAUGAUACAGGCUUUGGGCGGUGUUGAAGGUAUUCUAGAGCAUACACUCUUUAAGGGCACAUACUUCCCCACGUGGGAGGGUCUUUUCUGGGAGAAAGCGUCUGGUUUUGAAGAGUCAAUGAAGUACAAAAAGUUGACAAAUGCUCAACGUUCCGGUUUAAAUCAGAUUCCGAAUCGUCGUUUUACGCUUUGGUGGUCACCAACUAUUAAUCGUGCCAAUGUGUAUGUUGGUUUCCAGGUGCAACUCGACUUGACCGGUAUUUUCAUGCACGGCAAAAUACCCACUUUGAAAAUUUCGUUGAUUCAAAUAUUCCGUGCUCACUUGUGGCAAAAAAUUCACGAAUCGAUUGUUAUGGAUUUGUGUCAGGUGUUCGAUCAGGAAUUGGAUGCACUCGAAAUUGAGACAGUACAAAAAGAAACUAUACAUCCGCGUAAAUCGUAUAAAAUGAAUUCGUCUUGUGCUGAUAUUUUGCUAUUCCCUGCCUAUAAGUGGAAUGUAUCGCGUCCAUCUUUGCUUGCGGACACAAAAGACACAAUGGACAAUACAACAACACAAAAGUAUUGGUUGGAUAUACAGUUGCGUUGGGGUGAUUACGAUUCACAUGAUGUGGAACGUUAUGCGCGUGCGAAAUUCCUCGAUUACACCACAGAUAACAUGUCCAUCUAUCCCUCGCCGACUGGUGUGCUCAUCGCUAUUGAUUUGGCCUAUAACUUACACUCGGCAUAUGGUAAUUGGUUCCCGGGCUGCAAGACACUCAUACAACAAGCUAUGGCUAAAAUAAUGAAGGCCAAUCCCGCGUUGUACGUAUUACGUGAACGUAUACGCAAAGCGUUGCAACUGUACUCAUCCGAGCCGACUGAACCUUAUUUGAGCUCACAAAAUUACGGUGAAUUGUUUUCGAAUCAAAUUAUUUGGUUUGUGGACGACACGAAUGUGUAUCGUGUCACCAUACACAAGACAUUCGAAGGCAAUCUAACAACGAAACCCAUUAACGGUGCAAUUUUCAUUUUCAAUCCACGUACUGGUCAAUUGUUCUUGAAAAUCAUUCAUACGUCGGUGUGGGCUGGUCAAAAACGUUUGGGUCAGCUGGCCAAAUGGAAGACAGCCGAAGAAGUGGCGGCUUUGAUUCGUUCGUUGCCAGUAGAAGAACAGCCCAAACAGAUUAUCGUGACACGUAAGGGUAUGUUGGAUCCAUUGGAAGUGCAUUUGCUAGAUUUUCCGAAUAUUGUGAUCAAAGGCUCUGAGUUGCAGCUACCAUUCCAGGCUUGCCUUAAGGUUGAGAAAUUCGGUGAUUUAAUUUUGAAAGCCACUGAACCACAGAUGGUGCUCUUCAAUCUCUACGAUGAUUGGCUGAAGACCAUCUCGUCAUACACAGCAUUCAGCCGUUUGAUCUUGAUUUUGCGUGCACUCCAUGUGAAUACCGAACGUACAAAGAUCAUAUUGAAGCCGGAUAAGACAACUAUAACCGAGGCACAUCACAUCUGGCCAACUCUCACCGACGAGGAGUGGAUUAAGGUUGAGGUGCAACUUAAGGAUCUGAUUCUGGCCGAUUAUGGUAAAAAGAACAACGUGAAUGUGGCCUCGCUAACGCAGUCUGAAAUUCGAGACAUUAUUUUGGGCAUGGAAAUUAGUGCACCAUCUGCGCAACGUCAACAAAUUGCCGAAAUUGAAAAGCAGACCAAGGAACAAAAUCAAUUGACGGCCACAACAACACGUACAACCAACAAACAUGGCGAUGAAAUUAUUACCUCAACCACGUCGAACUACGAGACGCAAACGUUUAGUUCGAAAACAGAGUGGCGCGUGCGUGCCAUAUCAGCGACAAAUUUGCAUCUGCGUACGAAUCAUAUUUACGUCAGUUCGGACGAUAUCAAAGAGACUGGUUACACCUAUAUAUUACCCAAGAACAUACUGAAGAAAUUUGUGACAAUUUCCGAUUUGCGCGCGCAAAUUGCUGGCUACCUGUAUGGCGUGAGUCCGCCCGACAACCCGCAGGUGAAAGAAAUACGCUGCAUUGUUAUGCCACCACAAUGGGGCACACAUCAGACCAUAAACCUGCCCAAUGCGCUGCCAACGCAUCAGUAUCUGAAGGAUAUGGAACCACUCGGCUGGAUACAUACACAGCCCAACGAGUUGCCGCAACUAUCGCCGCAAGAUAUCACCACCCACGCCAAGAUAAUGCAAGAGAAUACAACGUGGGAUGGGGAGAAGACCAUAGUUAUAACCUGCUCCUUCACGCCCGGCUCAUGUUCGUUGACCGCUUAUAAGCUGACACCAUCCGGUUUUGAGUGGGGUUCCAAAAAUACAGAUAAAGGCAAUAAUCCCAAGGGUUACUUACCGUCCCACUAUGAGCGCGUCCAGAUGUUGCUGUCCAACAAAUUCCUUGGCUUCUUCAUGGUGCCAGCGCAGGGUAGUUGGAAUUAUAACUUUAUGGGUGUGCGUCACGAUGCGAACAUGAAAUAUGAGUUGCAAUUGUCGAACCCUAAAGAAUUCUACCACGAAAUACAUCGACCUUCACACUUUUUAUUAUUCUCUAAUUUGGAGGAUGCAGGCGAUGGUUCAGGUGCAGAUCGCGAGGAUGUGUAUGCGUAGUUUGGUUUACGAGGAGUAUAAUUAAUGCUAUGUUUAAUAUUAUACGUUUUAUGUAUCUUGAUUUUAGUUAGCUACUUAUGUUUGUUUAUUGUAAAAGAAGUCGAAACAAAAUAUGGCUUUGUUUUUGAGCGCUGAGCGUUGAGUCAGUUUGUGACGACGAUCGAGCUGUGUUUACACCAUUCAGGUCACAAUUAGUACGUUUGUAGCAUUUAGUAUGGAACGGAAAACGGUCAAUAUUUUCAGACAUACAUAAAUAAAUUUAAAGCGGACUAUAGAUAACAAAUAAAUUACAAAUUUUACAAAGACA